ACCCAUGUGUAGAUAUGCGAAUACAGCAGCCUCAGAGUUUCGAACUUGUGUAGUUGGUAGUGGUCCUGCUGCAAUGUAUACCACUGAGUGCCUAUUACGAUUUCAAGCAGCGAACCCUUUUAUUUCAAAUAGACUUGUGAUAGAUGUUCUGGAGCGACUUCCCACUCCUUUCGGACUUUUACGGUAUGGAGUAGCACCGGAUCAUCCAGAAGUUAGAAAAGUCGAGGUAAAAUUUCAAGACCUUCUCUCCCACCCUCAAGUGCGUUUUUUUGGAAAUGUCGAAAUUGGCAAAGAUGUUUUGGUUUCUGAACUGAAGAACUUGUAUGACGCAGUAAUUCUGGCUGCAGGUUGUCAAGAAGAGCGCAAACUUGGAAUUCCUGGAGAGAAUACUCUCUCAGGAAUUUACUCCGCAAGAGAUUUCGUUGCUUGGUAUUGUGGACAUCCGGACUAUUCUCAGCUCUGGUUUGACUUUGCUUCUACAAAAGACGUCGUUAUCAUUGGUCAAGGUAAUGUCGCACUUGACUUAGCUAGGAUAAUAGGAAAGCAGGUAGAAUCCCUCCGGACGACAGACAUCUCCUCCAUAGCUCUGGAAUGUCUAGCGAAUAGCUCUGUACAAAAUAUUCACGUUAUCGGGAGAAGAGGUCCAGUUCAGGCAUCCUGGACUGCGAAAGAACUUCGUGAAUGUCUGUUUUCGGUCAAAAGUCUUCAGCCCUGUUUCGAAACGCAAGAGCUUGUUAUAUCGGACGUAGAUAGAGAGGAACUCAACACUUCUAGAACUACCAGGCGUUGUUACGACUUGUUAACGAAGUGUUUUGCUGAGAGGAGCGUCUCGCAACAAGAAGUUUUCUCGAGAAAACUACAUUUACGAUUUCUAUGGACUCCCAUAUCUUUUCAAAGUCUCGACGAGAACUCUGAACUUGACUAUGCGUUUGGAAAAGCAUUACGUUUUACUGAGUUGAGACGAAACCGUCUUACAGGUUCAAGUGGAAAGCAGAAAGCUGUUUUGUUGGAAGAUUCAGUUGGCGACGUUAACUGGAAACAACAGUGUGAGUUAGCGUUUAGAAGCAUAGGUUACAAAGGCAAAUCUUUUGAAGGAGUUCCUUUUGACGAAAAAGCUGGAGUUGUUCCGAACAAAUUGGGUCGUGUUGUAAGCAGGGUUGAAGAGAGUUUGAACUCAUGUGAGGAACCAGCAUCCUAUGAAACCGGAUUAUACGUAGUUGGUUGGCUGAAACGGGGACCGACAGGAAUUAUUGGUUCAAACAAGUGGGAUGCUGAAGAAACUGUAAAGGCUGUUGUCGACGAUUUUUUGUCAAAACUGAAGACUAAACGGUGUGAAGUCGCCUCCAAAGAAGAUAUGCUGACCUUGCUCCUAUCCAGAAACGUUGCCUUUGUAGACUUCAAAGGUUGGAAAAGAAUCGACGAAGAAGAACGAAAAAGAGGACAACGUAGAGGGAUAGAACGCGAGAAAAUACUAACUUGGGAGGAACUGCUAGAAUUGGGUGCAGUUCGCACAACAAGCAAAGCAUAUGGGAAGGAACCCGAGCUUCUUUCAAAGAAGUAGUUAACAAUCACCCUUUUCGAACCAUAC